GCGCGUGUCUCGGGUGCAGUGACGUGGACUGUAUGGACAAAAUGUUGGAAUUUUACACAAAUAUGAACGCGGGAUUGAUGCAGGACGGGAUGCAGCCGCCGCUCUCGUGCUCAGGCAGGACAGAACUCAGCGCAAGUAUCAAACGAGAGAAAAUAGUGGAAAUCUGCGAGGGAUGCGGUCAGAAGAUACAAGACAGAUACCUAAUGCGGGUCGGCGAACUGUCGUGGCACGAGCACUGCCUUAGCUGCUGCGUGUGCGGCUGCCCGCUCGCGCACACCUGCUUCACGCGCAACGCCAAGCUCUACUGUAAACCCGACUACGACAGGUUGUUUGGAGUUAAAUGCACGAGAUGCGGUGAUCGCCUCCUUCCCCAAGAAAUGGUCAUGCGAGCUCAACAGUAUGUUUUCCACAUUCAGUGCUUCGUGUGUGUCAUGUGCUGCCAACCCCUUCAAAAAGGCGAACAAUAUGUGAUAAGGGCUGGCCAGAUAUUCUGUCGACAAGACUUUGAAAAAGAAAUGUAUUUGAUGCAGCACGCAGAAGAUGACAUGAUUAUAGACGACUCGGAGCGUCCGCGAGACGGACGCCGAGGACCGAAGCGCCCUCGCACUAUUCUAACAUCAGCCCAAAGAAGGCAGUUCAAAGCUUCAUUCGAAGUCAGUCCCAAACCGUGCCGGAAAGUCAGAGAAGCACUCGCAAAAGACACUGGCUUGAGCGUGCGAGUAGUACAAGUAUGGUUUCAAAACCAGAGAGCUAAAAUGAAAAAAAUCCAAAGAAAAGCUAAACAAGAGGGAGAUAAAAAUAACGACAAAGAUAAAGAUAAGGACGAGAAAAGUAUCAAGCAGGAAUCUCCGUCGAGCGAGCAUGGCAACUACUUAGGGCUUGACGGAUCGUAUUCAGCGUCUAGUCAACCCCUUAAUCCGAAUCUACCGUACUCUCCCGAUGACUAUCCAGCACAUUCCGGAGACAGCUUUUGCAGUUCAGACAUUUCCCUAGACGGUAGCAAUUUCGAUCAACUCGAUGAAGGUGCAUCAGACACCAUGAGUUUACAGAAUUUAGAAGUACAACAUCACUCUCACCAGCACGGCGGGCACACCGCUCACGAGCCCCUGAACUUAGGCACAGGCGCGGUGGUGAAUCCUAUAGACAAGUUAUACCUUAUGCAGAAUUCGUACUUUAGUACUGAUCACUGAUUCGGGAGAGGAGGCGCGGCCCGACGGCACCGCCGGCGGCUCCGAGGACCGUCCGCGUCGGCCACGGCGCCCAACACGCAACCCCAAAGUAUCAUCAAUGCAACAUCCCAUUCUCUAUGGAAUUCGCUCAUGGACUUGAAUAACUAUUACUCGGAUAAAUAUUUUACUGCAUAGGUUAGCAUCAUGCCUAUUUUGAAACUAAUCUAAUAAAUCUCUCCGAGCCAAAGUUAUCAAACAAGAAAAUGCUGAUCAGUAAAUGCGGUGCACUUGUAACAUCUGUAUAUUUGUAUAAAAUGUUCGUACUUACCAGAUGUAAAAAAAGAUACUAACAUUACACAUAUAUGCCUACUUACUUUCCAAAAAUUUCGUGAGUAUUGUAGAUAAUAAGUUUUCAGUGCCGAAUUAGUUACCAACUCAUUCAGUGUUAAAAUAUAUGUUUACAUCAUAUGAUUAUUUCUAAGAAAAAACCUUAUUAGUAAUAGGUAUAGGCGCCAAAAUGUAUUAAUAAAAAUUUAAAACAUAGAACGAGUAAAAGUGUAUAUAUUGUACAUAGGUAUUAAACCAGGAGUAGAUAUUAGUAAGAUAUAUAUGUAAUGUAUGUCGCAGUCUAUCUACGGUAAUUGUAUUAAUUAUUAUGCCUACUACAUUGUAUGCAAUAGGCAUCUACGAAGGUAUAUCAGUAAAACAGGUACCUGCCGUGCAUAAAAAAGUGUGUAAAACAGGUACUUGUUUUAAUGCUGAUUACUAAAGAGAAAUUCGAGAUGCCUAUAACUACAGGCCAUAUUACAUAACAUAUAUAAUUGUAUCAAUUGUAUAUACUUAAUUGUGUAAUACCUACUAAUUCGAUUUUAUGAGAUUUAUUUUAUGGUUUAACAUUAUACCUACCUAAUUAAAAUGAAAAUGCUAUGGAUGCUAGAUGUUAGGAAAAUCGUAGUCACCAAAAAUUAAUCAGAAUGUAGUGUAAGUAGAUACCAAAGUAAUAUACUCUAUUUAGAUACAUCUACUAAUACCAGGGUGCGUAGCCAAUGUGCUAAUAGCUCACACUAAGUAGCGAACGAGACGCCACUGUCAAUAUCUUCCAACCUGAAAGAAUUACAGAGACAGAAAGCGUUUUGCUCUCGUAGUGCAACCAAUCGUCACCUUGGCUAGGCCGGCAUAUAAUUUCGCAUGAUUUUUGGGCUGACAUUUUCAUGAGCUUUUCACGUGUCACCGUUUAGUAGUUUAAAGGUUUAAUAAAUUAAAUACAUAGCAUGCGUCCAAUAGACUAAAUAGGAAAUAUAUAAAUAAUGCUACGUGCGUCGGCUUGAUGCAGUUGUUUUACCUCAAGAACAUUACAUACCUACUAAUUGGUUUAAUAUCGAAAAACUUAAGGACCUUAUAAGUUGAUUUCCUCAAUGACAAAAAGCCUUAAUGAAAACAGAACGUUUCUUUACAUUUAGAAUUUAUAGGGCUAGCAUAGCACGUCAAUUAAAUGGCGUUUUUUUCUAAUUCUAUUAAUGACAUAAGGACGAGUAGUCUAUGUCAUAUUCGACAUAUUCUCUCAACAAUCAUGUGCUAGCCCUGCUCAUAGCAACAAAUGUAACGUGCACAGAACUGACGGGACAUAUGAAAGUCAUUUUUUCCUCAGGUUGAAACGGAGACCUCUGCUUCAGUCAAAAAUUUCAUGAACUUUGUUUGCUCACGUGCCUAUAUAAUAAAAAUCAAUUUCGUUCUUCUACCUGUCUAAAACUAAAUAAGUUUCACUCAUGGGGAGAUACGAUAAAAGUUUUUUUUUUUAAAUUAAUAUGAAUGCUUUCAAACUAUAACUAAUUGUUUACAAGCCAAUUAUUAGGUAUGUUAAUUGUUAAUUCAGAACAAUCAGCUGGUUGAUUGUCUAGGAAUGUCAUCUUUGAGUAGGUAUACUAUAUUAAUAAUAUUUAUUUAUUGUUUAAGAGUUAAGACCGAAGAAAUAUUCUAGUCAACAGGUUGGUUUUCAAUCUCUUUGUAUAAUAGAUUUGCCACAGUACGAUAACUUCUAGUUUGCUAACCAGAACUUCUCGAUUAAACGGGUACCUAAAUUAAAAUCACCAGCACCACUAUUAAGGCUCAUUUAAACGGCGGCGUGCGAACUUCCGUGCGAUUGCAGUAAGGGUGUGCGCCCACGGGCAACAAAGUUGCUCGGCGACUUACGUAUUUGUAUGAAAAGUUGCGUCGCUUCGUGUGCGCACUUUCAUACUAGCCCAUAGACCGAUGAUGUGAGCGACAAAAAAGUCGCCGCCAAAAGUUGCCCGUGUACGCGCUCUCUAACAUUGCAAACCGUUGAGGUAAAUUUCAGAACACCAAUCAAAUACCACAAUGUAAUAAUACUGGUAACCGAGUUCUGACACCGUGUAAAUAGGCCUUUAAUAAUUAUUUUAUUCGAUCCCUGCUGACAAAUAACGACGAGGUUCUGAAUAUCAAAAUAGAUGUACUAGGUAUCUGAUCUAAACAUAUUGUAACUGAGAUCUAAUUUAUAUACAUAGAGACUUGUACAAUAAUUUUACUUGUACCUUUAUUAGACACAUGCGGUAAUUUUAU